GUACAAGUACUCCAAGCUGGUGAUGAAUGCUACCCUCAAGGACUGUGACCUGCCAGCAGCUGACAGCUGUGCCAUCAUGGAAGGCGAGGAUGUGGAAGACGACCUCAUCUUUACCAGCAAGAAGUCACUCUUUGGGAAGAUCAAAUCAUUUACCUCCAAGAUUUCGGGCAGACAACUUGAACAAGCUGAAGAACCUAUGCAGCAAGACAAUCGGAGAGAAAAUGAAGAAAAAAGAGCCAGUGGAAGAUGAUGAGUCUGUCCCAGAGAAUGUGUUGAAUUUUGAUGACCUUACUGCAGACGCUUUAGCUAACCUGAAAGUCUCACAAAUCAAAAAAGUCCGACUCCUCAUUGACGAAGCCAUCCUGAAGUGUGACGCGGAGCGGAUAAAGCUGGAAGCAGAGCGAUUUGAGAACCUCCGAGAGAUUGGGAACCUUCUGCACCCUUCUGUGCCCAUCAGUAACGAUGAGGAUGCGGACAACAAAGUAGAGAGGAUUUGGGGGGAUUGUACGGUCAGGAAGAAGUACUCUCAUGUGGACCUGGUGGUGAUGGUAGAUGGCUUUGAAGGCGAAAAGGGGGCCGUGGUGGCUGGGAGUCGAGGGUACUUCUUGAAGGGGGUCCUGGUGUUCCUGGAACAGGCUCUCAUCCAGUAUGCCCUUCGCACCUUAGGAAGUCGGGGCUACACUCCCAUUUAUACCCCCUUUUUCAUGAGGAAGGAGGUCAUGCAGGAGGUGGCACAGCUCAGCCAGUUUGAUGAAGAACUGUAUAAGGUGAUUGGCAAAGGCAGUGAAAAGUCUGAUGACAACUCCUAUGAUGAGAAGUACCUGAUUGCCACCUCAGAGCAGCCCAUCGCUGCCCUGCACCGGGAUGAGUGGCUCCGGCCGGAGGACCUGCCCAUCAAGUAUGCUGGCCUGUCUACCUGCUUCCGUCAGGAGGUGGGCUCCCAUGGCCGUGACACCCGUGGCAUCUUCCGAGUCCAUCAGUUUGAGAAGAUUGAACAGUUUGUGUACUCAUCACCGCAUGACAACAAGUCGUGGGAGAUGUUUGAAGAGAUGAUUACCACCGCAGAGGAGUUCUACCAGUCCCUGGGCAUUCCUUACCACAUCGUGAAUAUUGUCUCAGGUUCUUUGAAUCAUGCUGCCAGUAAGAAGCUUGACCUGGAGGCCUGGUUUCCGGGCUCAGGAGCCUUCCGUGAGUUGGUCUCCUGUUCUAAUUGCACGGAUUACCAGGCUCGCCGGCUUCGAAUCCGAUAUGGGCAAACCAAGAAGAUGAUGGACAAGGUGGAGUUUGUCCAUAUGCUCAAUGCUACCAUGUGCGCCACUACCCGUACCAUCUGCGCCAUCCUGGAGAACUACCAGACAGAGAAGGGCAUCACUGUGCCUGAGAAAUUGAAGGAGUUCAUGCCGCCAGGACUGCAAGAACUGAUCCCCUUUGUGAAGCCUGCACCCAUUGACCAGGAGCCAUCCAAGAAGCAGAAGAAGCAACAUGAGGGCAGCAAAAAGAAAGCGGCAGCAAGAGACGUCACCCUAGAAAGCAGGCUGCAGAACAUGGAGGUCACCGAUGCCUGAACAUUCCUGCGUCCCUGUUUGCUUUCAUUUCUGUCCGCUGAGAUCUCAGAGCCUGCCCAACAGCAGGGAAGCCAAGCACCCAUUCAUCGCCCUGCCCCCAUCUGACUGUGUAGCUGAGAGGGGAGCAGUGCCGUGUACCACACAGAUGUUCCUGUCUCAUUGCAUGGGCAGAGGAACCCAUCACUGAUGACUGAUGAAACCAUGGAAUAAAGCAUCUCUGGGGAGGGCUUAGGACUCUUCCUCAGUCUUCUUCCUGGGGCUUGAACCCCGCC